ACUGACAUCAUCACCCUCGGGUCGACGCGGCAGUUUGUUAGUCUUGACAACCUCGGCUCACAACCCCGGCGUAAUCUCUGAAAAGACAUACACUUCACGGCAUCCCAUCAAUCUGAGAUGACUGUACUUUCUUUACACAAGGAGGAGUUGGAUACCAUUUUGAUAUCGGGAAGUCUUGUUCCAUUAUCUGUAAUAAAGAUGCUCCCAAAACAACGCUGGAUUGGAAUGUACAUCCUCAUUGUGUAAUUACAAAGACUUAUUACUUUAUGACCACAGGCGAAUGACGAUCUAGUCGACGUCGAGGUGUAUCAUCGGCAUCACCGACAUCAGAAUGAGGACCAUCCUCCUAAUCGACCGAGAAAUGAUUUAUCGUCCAAACUUGACUUCUAACAUGAAAAUCACUUUUUAAGACGUUAAGCUAUAAAAAUCUCUGAGUAAAGUGAUCGUCAAAAAGAGUAGUAUAGGCCUUAUUCGAAAUUUGGAUUGAACAUACUUCAUAUUUGUUUCAUUUCACUAAAUAAUGUGAGACUUACGGGGUAGAUGGAAGAAGUGGCCCCUGAGUGCAUGAAUAUGAGUUAUUGUUAUUAUUAUCAUUAUUAUUAAACAUCAACUACUAUCCUGUGAUUGCGGAUUUUGGAAAAAGAGACCCCCCAAAAAAACUUCUAAGGUCAUCGCGGGGGCUUUAUAUUUUCAUAAUUUAUAUUUAUUCGAUAUUAGGUGUUUGGUGACUCACAAUGUCGGAACAAACAGGGGCAGAAAACUUGAGUUUUCUUGAUAACUUGGUCUUAGAGCCCCCUUCCCUGAAUUUAGAUAAACUCGAAGAGAUAUCCCCCGUGCUAGCCGAGCUCACGGUCAAACCCAAAACAGCUAACGCCAAGCCGACUCGUCGAGGCCGAAAGAGAAACGCUGACAAGAUAACCGGAGCUACGCAGACAGGUGAUGGUACUGCAUCUGCAGUCAAAUCGGGUAGUACGACCGACGGGGCAAGCGCUGUCAAGCCAAAGCGAGGCCGUGGGCGACCAGCCGGUAGCACGAAUCGAACCAGCAAUAAACUGUCAACGCCCGCCGCCGCCGCUCCGCCUGCGCCGACGACCAAGGCUGAUGAUGUUGCCGAGAACGACCCGGUGAACGCCGCACGGGAGCGCUCUCGCGUCAAGACCCUUCGAGAUGCGUUCCUCGAGCUCCAGCGAUCGCUGCCUUCGGUUCCCCCCGACACCAAACUGUCCAAGCUGGAUGUCCUGGUUUUGGCGACCACGUAUAUCUCUCAUCUCAUGAGAACCCUUGAUGACGAUCAGCAUUCUACCCCGAUCUCACCCGGUGAUGAUGUGGCGGGAGGAGGAGGAGGGCUUGAUAAGCAUCACAGAUUGAAAGCACAAGGAUACUUACAUCCCGUUAAGAAAUGGCCGAUGCGAUCUCGCCUCUAUGCCGGAGCUUCGGGGGACUGCCUCCUAGACGGAUCGUCAUAGCCACCAGCAUCUAAAGAUUCAUCUUUCUUCACAAACACCAAAGAAAAACAGACUUCAUUCGAUUCUGAUUUCCCAAAGAGCGACUUCCAUAAUUUCU